AAUGGUACGACCCAUGUCCUAUAAAUAAACCCGAAUCGAGCGACGUUGGAAAAUCAUAAAAGUUAUCCUGAGACCAACGCCAAUUAAACGUUGACAACAUGGAGUGGACACCAAUGGAAAUCAACCCUGAGGUGCUGAACAAGUUAAUGAGUAAAGUCGGCGUGGGGGAGGACUGGCGUUUCGUGGACGUCCUCGGCUUGGAGGCCGAGCAGCUGUCUGCCGUCCCGAAGCCGUGUUGUGCCCUCAUGCUGCUCUUCCCCAUCACCAAGGAGCAUGACUCUUUCAGACAAAAGCAGGCAGAUAAAGUGAUUCAGGGCUCAGACGCUUACUUCCUGAAGCAGACUGCUACCAAUUCCUGCGGCACCAUCGCCCUGCUGCACGCGCUGGGAAACAACCAAAGCAAACUCACUUUCGAGAGUGCUUCCAUGUUGAAGAAGUUUCUGGAUGAAACUGCCAAGAUGUCUGCUGAUGACCGUGCCAAGCAUCUGGACAAAAACAAGGCAAUCCAUGAUGCUCACAAUGAGGUUGCUGCACAGGGCCAAUGUCGGCCAGAAGCAGAUAAGGUCAACUUCCACUUUAUUGCCUUUGUCAAUGUGAAUGGACAACUUCUUGAAUUUGACGGGAAGAUGAACGGCCCCCUCGACCACGGCGCCACCAAAGAUGAGACCCUUGUAACGGAUGCUGCCAAAGUGUGCCGAGGCUUUGUGGAGCGAGGACUCGGCGAAGUUCGCUUCUCCGCCGUGGCGCUGUGUCGUGGUUAAAUUAUGUAGACCAUAAACACUUAUCUGCAUUUUCUGGUCACUGUCACGCAAGUAUUGUGUUCACUCAAAACACACACGAGGUUAUACACACCCUAUUGUGAACCUUUAGCACAACAGUUCAAGACGAGCAGAAAGUGUUGCUUUCAAUCUCCUUAGAUGUGAACAAACAAAUCCCACUGCUGUUUUUUUUCUCCUUGUACUUUUUUGUUACGCUUGAAUGCUUUGCGGACCAAUGAGAAUGCAAAUAGGAGCUGAGUGGAAUGCAAAAAACAAACUUUUUUGACUGUUUAGAUGACUGCUGCUAAUUGGUUGAUCUGAUGUUCCUCACAGCCUUAAUGUAGCUUUAACAAUGCGUCUGUUUACAUCGAAGACUCAAUCUGAAGCAUAUCAAGAGUGUAAUUGAGUUGGUUUGCUUUACUUUGCACAGUUAGUUGUGUGUGUGUUGCAGUGUUAAUUGCACUGUUGGUGUGGCAGUUACUGACAAAUAAAAAGCUUUUGAUGUGUG